CUGGGAAAUGUAGUUCCUCUUUCUCCGACAUGGCGGCGCCCAGGUGAGGCGGCGCUGUGCAGGCGCCCGCGAGUUUUCCGGCGAGGUUAGAAGAACUGGCGAAGGACAGGGCACCCGUGGGCUGAGAACAAAGCCUGAACCGACGCCGAGGUUUGGCAGCAUUGCCAUGGACAGCAGCCAGCAAAGUAAUGGGAGACUCAAUAAAACUGAGAAGAAGUUCUUAAGGAAACAGAGUAAGGCCAGACAUACAUUGCUGAGACAUGAAGGCAUUGAAGCAGUACCCCAUGCUACUCAGAGCCUGGUUGUUGCCAAUGGUGGUCUGGGCAAUGGUGUGAGUAGGAACCAGCUGCUCCCAGUUUUAGAGGAAUGUGGACUGGUGGAUGCUCUCUUAAUGCCACCUAAUAAGCCCUACUCAUUUGCAAUGUACAAAACUACAGAAGAUGCCAAAAAAGCCUAUGUGGCUCUCAAUGGAAAAGAAAUAGUGGAUGACUUAGGACAGAAGAUCGUUCUGUAUUUGAACUUUGUGGAAAAAGCACAAUGUAGAGAGUUAGGGCGUCAAGCCUUACCUCCAGGCCUCGUGGUAAUAGAAGAGAUUAUUUCUUCUGAAGUGGAGAACAUGCUUUUGGAAAGUGUUAGCUGGAGAGAAGAUACAGACAAUCAAAACUUUCAAAAAUCCUUGAAACAUAGACGAGUAAAGCAUUUUGGUUAUGAAUUCCACUAUGAGAACAACAAUAUUGAUAAAGAGAAGCCGUUACCUGGGGGUCUUCCUGACAUUUGUGAUAGCAUUUUGGAGAAGUGGUUAAAGGAAGGUCUUAUUAAACAUAAACCUGAUCAGUUGACUAUAAACCAGUAUGAACCUGGUCAUGGAAUUCCUGCUCACAUUGACACGCAUUCUGCUUUUGAGGACGAGAUCAUCUCUCUCAGUUUGGGGUCAGAGGUCGUCAUGGAUUUUAAGCAUCCAGAUGGUGCCAUAGUGCCAGUUAUGUUGCCUCGUCGGAGUUUGCUGGUGAUGACAGGAGAAUCUAGAUACUUAUGGGCCCACGGAAUCACACCCAGAAAAUUUGAUACUGUCCAAGCAUCAACAGGUCAUAAAAGUGGCAUUAUUACCAGUGAUGCUGGAGAUUUAACUUUAAACAGGAGAGGAGUACGGACAUCAUUCACAUUUAGAAAAGUGAGACAAACACCCUGUAACUGUAGUUACCAUUUGGUCUGUGACAGACAGAGGAAGGAGACUGCCCCAUCAUUUCCAGAGAGUGAAAAAGAAGCUUUACAACUAGAGCGAGACUAUGUCCAUCAAGUUUAUGAAGAGAUUGCUGGGCACUUCAGUAGUACGAGGCAUACUCCAUGGCCGCAGAUCGUGGAGUUCUUAAACUCUCUGCCAAACGGUUCACUAGUAGCUGAUAUUGGAUGUGGAAAUGGAAAGUAUCUUGGCAUCAAUAAGGAGUUAUAUAUGAUCGGAUGUGAUCGGAGCCAAGGCCUGGUGGACAUCUGCAGAGAGAGGCAGUUCCAGACCUUUGUCUGCGAUGCGCUGGCAGUGCCAAUCCGCAGUGGGUCCUGCGAUGCCUGCCUCUCCAUUGCUGUUAUUCACCAUUUUGCAACCACGGAACGUAGAGUCGCAGCUCUCCAAGAACUUGCUAGGCUCCUGAGACCUGGGGGGAAGGCACUCAUAUAUGUUUGGGCAAUGGAACAAGAAUAUAAUAAGACCAAGUCUAAGUACCUUAAGGAAAACCGAAUUAGCCAAGGAAAGGAAGAGGCGAUCAAGCAUGACCCAUCGGCGCAAGAGCUGCCUGUGGAGCAGAUGUCUGCUGGGAGUGAAUGGGACUCCACAGGCCCUGUUCUCUCUGGCAGUGACUUGCUGGAGCAAGACUGUAAGUCAGGGAAAGUGACCAUUUCCAAAUUGCCCGUUCACACUAAUAGGACUUCCUUUCACUCUCAAGACCUUCUGGUUCCUUGGCACCUUAAGGGAAACCCUGGUAAAGACAAAGCUGUCGCUCCUUUUAGUCCAUUAGGAUCCCAGGCCCCGGGUCCUGUGUUUCAUCGCUACUACCAUGUGUUCUGUAAGGGUGAGCUGGAAGCCGUUUGCCGGACUUUGAGUAAUAUCAGCAUUCUGCAAAGCUACUACGACCAGGGAAACUGGUGUGUGAUUCUUCAGAAGGUCUGAGUGUUUCUUUGAGCAUAGUAUAGUAUAUAUAGGGGAGAGAUGCACAGUCUUUUUUUUUUUUUUUUCUUAAGGUGUCUAAAUUGUCUCUAGUUAAAGUGAAAAUAUUUGUGGAAAAGAAGCAGAAGCAUGCUGACAGGAAACCAGAAGUAGAGGUUAGUUAGGAAACAUUCACUCAGUUAGUGUUGUUGACUGUAUUUGACCCUUAUUAAAGGUAGGUGUCUACACUGGGAAGACCCAGGAUGGUUUUGAAAAGUGACCAAAGUAGUCUGUGAAGUAUCUCUGAUUCUGGGAUAAGAGUGCAUAUGCAUUCUGGAGAUAAAUUGCUGGUGUAAAAUGUUACUAAGUUAACUAAAUCAUGUUGGAACCUAGUGAAUCAAUCAAACAUUUUAAUAAAGAAAAUAUUCCCUGUUCAACAGAAAA